AUGGGUAUUCGAAGAACAUUGACCUCCCCCAAUCCAGGCACUGCUCGCCUUCCAUUCUUUGGCAAUCCAUUUCGUCGUCAAAACUCGGUUGGUGCGGAGCGUCGACCAUCUGAACUGAAUAUCAUGGGUAAUGAUGGAGUGGUGAGCGCAGAAUACACUUUGAAAACCAUCCGACAGGCCCAAUCGAAUGCAUGCUUGACCAAACUGGAACUGGAAGAUGUCAUCACCAGACAAGAUAGUCGAUCCACGUCCAUUUAUGGGGCCAUUCAGCAGUUACUAGACCAAGAACGUGAGUGGAAAUACAUCAAGUUUGUGGAUUCCAUACUGCUUCGAGAUGGACAAGCCACCGCGGCCAAGCAGUUACAAGAUUAUUGCAAUCAUCGCAUGGUCAUGUGGAAUGUCAUUCGUCAACAUGCCAAGGACAAGCCCAUCAUGUUCCAAGUCAAACUGGAAGUGGCCUCCGGCACCAGCAUGAACGUGGUGGAAGACAUGUUGUCGGUACUGCAACAGCUUCCAAUUGUGGCCAGCAUUGAUUUUGGGGGAGGCCUCUAUGGUGUACGAAAACCCAAUGUACCCAGCAUGUUGGCAGAUUUGUGCUGUGUCGACGACUUUUGCCUCCGAGAAAUGAUCAUGCUGUCUCUAUCUUGUACUGCACCUGAAGCAGCGCCCGUUCAUAAUAACGCCACAACACUUCUGUGGGGAUGUUCGAAGAAGCUACAGAAUCUUCGAAGACGGAUGUCGGACGAAGAAGAAUCCUCAUGCGAUGUGGAAGCAGAUCCCAGUUUGUGGUGGAGGCAGUUGAUGAACGAUGAUGAUGUGAUUACAGGAUCGCCAGGAGGCCGUGGGCGGUCUCCAACAAAGCAAUCGAGCUCCCCUCCGAGAUCAACACAACAACAAUACAGCCCCCGUAGACUCUCACCCAAAAGAUCACAAUCCCCAAAACGAUCUCAAUCACCCAAGCGAUCUCAAUCGCCCAAAUCAAGCAAACAAGCUCAAUCCCUUCAGAGCCCACAAUCCGCAAAACGCUCUCAGUCCCCAAAGCGUUCUCUGUCCCCCAAACGAUUGCAGCAAGGACUCAGCCGUCGAGGGAGAAUUGGGGGCCGUUCCCAGCCUGAUUAUAAUUGGGCCAGCAAUAAGGGAGCUGUUGUUUCUCUCAGUCCCAAGGGUCGUCGUUUGCAUCGAAGUGAUCACAUUCCAAGAACCAUGAUGAGAACAACAAUCAAGGAACCAGACUAUCGUUGGGACAAGCACCAGCACAGCAUGCCGGAAAUGGAUUCAUCUUCCAUGGAGUGUCCCAUGCCUUCCUUUCGACGAGCAGCAACUAUUUCCUAG